AGGGUAACGGUGGGCCUUUGGUAUAGCAGCUGUAGAGACUGAGGACACUGAACAGCUGCGUACUUUGUCUGGCCUUUCGGAUGACCCUUCUGUAGUAGGGUUGCUGGAGGUUGAAGACCAACAGAUGCCAAUUGCCACUUCAACAGUGCAUAGACGACAGUAUCGCACCAACAGAGACUCUGUGAUCCCCAUUCAUAAGCUGAUUCGGCAAUUGGAAAGCCAAGGUGUGAUUAGCAGGACUCAUUCACCCUUCAAUAGUCCUAUCUGGCCAGUGCGAAAGCCUGAUGGCGAGUGGAGGCUGACAGUGGACUAUCGUGGCCUGAAUGAGGUGACACCACCACUUAGUGCUGCUGUACCGGACAUGCUAGAGCUUCAGUAUGAGUUGGAGUCAAAAGCAGCUAGGUGGUAUGCCACUAUUGACAUUGCUCAUGCAUUCUUCUCUAUUCCCAUAGCACCAGAGUGCAGGCCACAGUUUGCUUUCACCUGGAGGGGAGUCCAGUACACCUGGAAUCGACUGCCCCAGGGGUGGAAACACAGCUCAACCAUUUGCCAUGGACUGAUCCAUGCUGCACUGGAGAAGGGUGGAGCUCCAGAACACCUGCAGUACAUUGAUGACAUCAUUGUGUGGGGUGACACAUCAGAAGAAGUUUUUGAGAAAGGUAAAAAGAUCAUUCAAAUUCUUCUGGAUGCUGGUUUUGCUGUAAAAAGAAGCAAGGUCAAGGGACCUUCGCGAGAGAUCCAGUUCCUGGGAAUCAAGUGGCAAGAUGGUCGUCGCCAGAUCCCAAUGAAUGUGAUUAACAAAGUAACAGCUAUGGCCCCACCAUCAACUAAAAAGGACACUCAAACCUUUUUAGGGACUGUUGGUUUCUGGAGAAUGCAUAUUCCAUGUUACAGUGAAAUUGUGAAACCUCUCUAUGAGGUGACCAGAAAGAAGAAUGAUUUCAAAUGGGGUCCUGACCAACAGAAAGCUUUUGAGCAGAUCAAGAAGGAGAUUGCGCAGGCAAUGGCCCUUGGACCGGUUCGAACAGGGCCAGACAUCAAGAACGUGCUCUACACUGCAGCCGGACACAAUGGUCCCAACUGGAGCCUCUGGCAGAAAGCACCAGGGGAAACUCGAGGUCGACCCCUGGGAUUCUGGAGCCGGAGCUACAGAGGUUCCGAGGCCAACUACACAACAACUGAGAAGGAGAUACUUGCAGCAUAUGAAGGAGUUAGAGCCGCUUCAGAAGUGAUUGGCACUGAAGCACAGCUCUUUCUGGCGCCCAGGCUACCGGUGCUGAGAUUCAUGUUCGAGAAUAACCUUUCUCCUGUCCAUCAUGCCACCGAUGUGACUUGGAGUAAAUGGACUGCUUUGAUCACCCAAAGAGCCCGAAUAGGGAAACCUAAUCGUCCAGGUAUUGUGGAAGCAAUUACAAACUGGCCAGAAGGCACCCACUUUGGAAUGCCACCACAAGAAGUGGUGAGACGAGCUCAAGAAGCUCCACCAUAUGAUCAUCUGCCAGAGACUGAGAAACAAUUUGCUCUUUUCACCGAUGGCUCCUGUCGUCUUGUAGGGAACCACCGGAAGUGGAAAGCUGCCGUGUGGAGUCCUACACGACUGGUUGCACAAGCAGCUGAAGGAGAAGGUGAAUCAAGUCAGUUUGCAGAGGUAAAAGCCAUCCAGCUGGCUUUGGACAUUGCUGAGCGAGAGGGGUGGCCGAGACUCUACCUCUACACUGACUCAUGGAUGGCAGCAAAUGCCUUGUGGGGUUGGCUAAAACAGUGGCAGCAGAAUAACUGGCAGCGAAAGGGUAAACCUAUUUGGGUUGCUGACCUGUGGAAAGACAUUGCAGCUCGGAUAGAGAAACUGGAGGUAAAAGUGCGUCAUGUGGAUGCACACGUGCCUCUGAGUCGAGCCACUGAGGAACAUCGACACAACCAACGAGCAGAUGAGGCUGCCCAAGUGUUCCAAGUAGACUUAGACUGGGAACACAAGGGUGAGCUUUUUCUGGCUCGGUGGGCCCAUGAUGCUUCAGGUCAUCAGGGCAGAGAUGCAACAUACAAAUGGGCUCGUGACCGAGGGGUGGACUUAACCAUGGACACUAUUGCACAGGUGAUCCAUGACUGUGAGACAUGUGCUGCAAUUAAGCAGGCAAAACGGUUGAAACCUUUGUGGUAUGAGGGGAGGUGGUCAAAGUACAAAUUUGGAGAGGCCUGGCAAAUUGACUACAUCACACUUCCUCAGAGCCGCCAGGGUAAGCGCUAUGUGCUUACAAUGGUGGAAACAAGUACAGGAUGGUUGGAGACAUAUCCUGUGCCUCAUGCCACAGCCAGAAAUACUAUUCUGGGUCUUGAGAAGAAAAUUUUGUGGAGACAUGGUACUCCAGAGAGAAUUGAGUCAGACAAUGGGACUCAUUUCAAAAACAGUCUUGUUACUGAUUGGGCUAAAGAGCAUGGUAUUGCAUGGAUCUACCAUAUCCCAUACUAUGCACAGGCCUCAGGGAAAGUUGAAAGGUUCAAUGGUUUGUUGAAGGCUACCCUGAAGGCAACAAGUGGUGCCGAAACCCGGGAAUCGAGGGAUCUCGCCCCGAAUCGGGAAAUCGCCUGGAAUCUGGUGAACGGCGGCUGGAGCGGUAAAACCAGCCCGGCGGACGCCCCGGACCAACAAGGAGGAGGACGCUCCGGGACCAACGAGGAUUGA